AUGUUGAUAGAGAUUGCAAUAGCUAUUGUAUCAAAGGUUGGAGAAUACUUGGUGGAGCCGACCAUAAACCAAGCUCGUUACUUAUUUCGUUUCAACAAAAUUGUUGAAGAUCUUAUGGAAGCAGAACGAAAAUUGGAGUUGAAACAAGGUGAUGUGGAGAAAGAAAUCGAAGCUGCAGAAAGAAAUGCUGAAAGAAUUAAGGCAACUGUACAAGAUUGGUUGUCUGAUUCGAGAAAAAUCAUGCAAGAAGUUGAGACGUUGAAAGAAAAAAUAGAAGUUAAUAAGACUCGUCUUAAUGGGUGGUGUCCUAAUUGGGGCUCUCGACAUCAGCUAGGGAGGAAAGCAACAAAGAAAAGCAUUCAGUUGAAGAAAAUUAUAGAUAAAGGCCAACUUGGAAGAGUGGGGUGUCGUGCUCUUCUAUUAGGUGAACCUUUAGCACCUAAAGAUUUUGAAUUUUACCGGUCUACAAAGGCUGCUUUUGAUGGGAUUAUGGAGGCACUUAAAAAUGAUGGCACCAAUAUGGUUAUAUUGUGUGGGAUGGGCGGUGUGGGUAAAACAACUUUAGCAAGAGAAGUGCGUAAAACGGCCAAAGAAAAGGGCAUCUUUAAGGAGGUUGAGAUGGUUACUGUAUCCCAAACUCCAAACUUCAGAAAUAUUCAAGGUCAGUUGGCUGACUUCCUAGAUUUGAAAUUUGAGGCGGAAACUGAAGAGGGAAGAGCUCGGACAUUGUCUACAAGAUUGUCAAAUCCUAGUAAUAACCUUAUAAUCCUCGAUGAUGUUUGGGAAGAUUUCGAUUUCGAGUUAAAAAUAGGUGUUCCAUUGAGCAAAGGUUGCAAAAUGCUUUUGACAACCCGCAACAAAAACGUAUACACUCCUAGGGAGAAUCAAUCAUUAAUUCCUCUAAAUGUUUUAGGGGAACACGAAGGAGUGGCUUUACUAAAAAAGGAAGCAGGCAUAGAUGAUGAUUGUGUCAACUUGAAUACUUUGGCUACUCGAAUUGCUAGAGAAUGUGGUGGUUUGCCUUUAGCACUUGUAACCACCGGAAGGUAUUUGAGAGGAAAGAAAGAUAUCGAAAUAUGGGAAUCUAGNACACACAUUCGGUUGAAGGAAAUUAUAAAUAGAGGCCGAUUUGAAGGCGUGGGGGGUCGUGCUCUUCUAUCAGGUGAACCUUCAGCACCUAAAGAUUUUGAAUGUUGCCGGUCUACGAAGGAUGCUUUUGAUAAGAUUAUGGAGGCACUUAAAAAUGAUGGCACCCAUAUGGUUAUAUUGUGUGGGAUGGGCGGUGUGGGUAAAACAACUUUAGCAAAAGAAGUGAGUAAAAAGGUCACAGAACAGAGCAUCUUUAAGGAGGUUGUGAUGGUCACUGUAUCCCAAACUCCAAAUUUCAGAAACAUUCAAGGUCAGCUGGCUGACCUCCUAAACUUGGAACUUAAGGAGGAAACUGAAGAGGGAAGAGCUAAGAGAUUGUUUUCAAGAUUGUCAAAGUCUAAUAAUAACCUUAUAAUCCUCGAUGAUGUUUGGGAAGAAUUCAACUUCGAGGAAAAAAUAGGUGUUCCAUUGAGCAAAGGUUGCAAAAUGCUUCUGACAACCCGCAACAAAAAAGUAUACAGUGAUAGGGAGUAUCAAUCAUUAAUUCCUCUAAAUGUUUUAGAGGAAGACGAAGGAGUGGCUUUACUCAAAAGGCAAGCACUUAUAGAUGAUGACUUUGACAGCUUGAAUACUUUGGCUAUUGAAAUUGCUAGAGAAUGUGAUGGUUUGCCUUUAGCACUUGUAACCAUCGGAAGUCACUUGAGAGGAAACAAGGAUACUGAAACAUGGGAAUUUGUGUGUGAAAAACUGAAAAAGUCAAAACUGGAGGAUAUAAGUCAUGUUAAUAGUGAACAAAGAGGUGUCUAUGCCAGUCUUAAGUUGAGUAAUGAUUAUUUGAAGACAAAUGAAAUUAAAUUUUGUUUUUUGAUAUGUUCACUAUUUCCUGAGGAUUUUGAUAUUCCUUUGGAGGAUUUGGUUAGAAUAGGAGUGGGGGUAGAUUUAUAUAAAGGUGUUUCAUCCAUUGAAGAAGCAAGAAGGGCCCUACGUUCUAUGGUUGAAACCCUGAAGGCUUUGGGUUUGCUAUUAGAUGCUUACGGAGAAGAAUUUGUGAGAAUGCAUGAUAUAGUUCGUGAUGUUUGUCUAUGGAUAACAUCAAAGGGGGAGAAUAUAUUCAUGAGCAAGGUUGGCAUGGAUUUGACGCAGUUGAGAAGGGAGAAAGGCUGGAAACAAUAUACGGCAAUCUCCUUGUUGAAAAACCAACUAAAAGAGUUCUCUGUUAGACUGGUAUGUCCUAAGCUUAAACUAUUGCUAUUGGGUGGUGAAAAUCAAUGGUCACAGUUGAAAGUUUCAUAUGAAUGUUUCCAAGAGAUGAAAGCACUUGAAGUUGUAAGUUUAAGAUAUGUAGACCUUUCACUGAAAUCACUUCAAUUCUUGACAAAUCUCAAGACUCUAGAGUUGUUUGGUUGUAAUUUGAGAGACAUUUGUUUCCUUGCCAAGCUGAACAAACUUGAGAUUCUUAGCUUUAGACAUUCUCAUUUUGACGAAUUACCACUAGAAUUGAGUGAACUUAAGGAACUAAGAAUGUUGGAUUUACGUGGGUGUUCUGAGCUAAGAAGAAUUCCUUCCAAUUUGAUACGCAGCUUUUCUCAAUUAGAAGAAUUAUACAUUGAGGAGGACAUCUUUGAAGAAAGGGAGGUUGAAGAGAAGAGUAUAGAAACAGGCAAUACUAGGCUUUCAGAGCUAAAUUAUCUACCUUGCUUGGUUGUUCUGUAUUUGAAAAUAAAUUCAAAAUGCCUUCCAAAAGACUUUGCUUUCUCCAAACUUUCAAGGUAUCAAAUUUGUGUGAACGGAAGUAUUUAUGAAUAUGGAUAUUCAGAAUCAUCAAAAGCUUUAGUAAUUGCUGAUAUUGAUGCAACCUUAUUGACUGCAUUAUUUAAAGCACUAUAUCAUAGUGUAGAAUAUCUUAGUUUGGAACGAGUAACAGGUUGUCAAAAUAUCCUCCCAAGCAUAUUGAAGAAGUUGAAUACUCUUAACGUUAGAAGUUGUGAAGACUUGAAAUGCAUGAUAGAUGCAUCGCAAGUGGGGGAAGAAAAUGCUGAGUUGCAUCCAAGUUUAGCAGAGUUAGCGCUGUCAUCCUUACCAGAAUUGCAGUGUAUAUGGAAGGGGCCCAUGUCCACUCAUGCUGUAAACUUCCGAAGUCUUACGGAUGUUUAUGUGAAAAAGUGCAAAAGCUUGGCUUAUCUUUUCACUUUAUCAAUUGCCAGGAGUUUGGGGCAGUUGAAAUCACUCCGUGUAUUUGAUUUUGAGAGUUUGGAGUUCCUAAUCAAGAUAGAAGAGGGUGAUAAUGGCAAGGGAGAGAAAAUGUUGUCGAAAUUAGAAUAUCUCCAAAUUGGAAUUUGCUCGAGAUUGGAAUAUGUUUUUCCAGUGUUUGUUGCAGCAGGUCUUAUACAACUUGAAAAUCUUGAAAUAGGAGAUGCAGCAGAGUUGAAGCAAGUAUUUCAUGGAAAAGAAGAAAAUGAAAUUGCAGAGGAAGGAAAGGACAUCAAGUUGCCUAAUUUAAAAAAGCUAAAGCUUUACAAACUUGAAAAGCUUACCAGAUUCUUUCCAGAAAAUAAUCAUUCAACUCUGCCAGCUUUGGAGAAAUUGUGUGAUCUAAGGGUGGACAAUUGUAAUCAUCAGUUUGUUGACAAAGAGCUCUCUAGAUUAAGACGUGGCUUCUUCAAAAAUUUGGAAGUAUUACACAUUAAAAAUUGUGGAGCAAAAUUUGUAUUUCAGUUGGAAGAUCUAAUCAUUGAAAGACAACAUCAUGAAUUAUCACUUCCAAAAUUAGAGAGUUUGGAGUUGGAAUGUCUAGAAGAACUAGAAGAUUUAUGUAAAGGUCCUGCUCAUGUUCUAAGGUUGGAGAAUCUAACCACUUUAACAAUAAGUGGAUGCAAAAAGCUGAAACGUAUCUUUUCAUUUACUCUUGCUGAGAGAUUGGGUCAAUUGGAAUCACUUUUUGUACAAGAUUGUGAGAAUUUGGAACAAUUAUUUUAUCUGGACGAAAAUGAAGGUUUAGGAGAUGAGAAAAACAUCAAGCUCCCAAAAUUGAAGAAGAUAAACCUUAACGCAAUUGCGAACCUUAAAAGCUUCUGUCCAGAAAAAUAUCAUUUAACUUGUCCAGCUUUGGAAGAGUUCAAAAUAAAUGACCUUGUCGGACUUCCUUCCAUAACGGAAAGGCGGAUUGUGGUGAUGGAUUAUUGUAGUAUUCAGUUGUGUGAUGAAAUCCUCUUUGAGUUAAGAUGUGGCUUCUUAAAAAAUUUUGAAGAAUUAAGCAUGAAAAAUUGUGGAGUAAAAGAGGUAUUCCAAUUGGAAGGACAACAACAUGAAUUAUCACUUCCAAAAUUAAAGAGUUUGGAGUUGUAUUUUUUGGAAGAACUAGAAGGUUUAUGUAAAGGUCCUGCUUAUUUUCUAAGGUUGGAGAAUCUAACCACUUUAUCCAUAAGUGGAUGCAAGAUGCUGAAACAUAUCUUCUCAUUUACUCUUACUCAGAGCUUGGGUCAAUUGGAAUUAGUUCAAGUAAGAGAUUGUGAGAAUUUGGAACAAGUAUUUUAUUUGGAUCAUGAAGGAGAACAAUAUGUAGGUGGAGGAGGUCAAAAGGACAUCGUGCUUCCAAAAUUGAAGAAAUUACAUCGAGAAGGACUUGCAAAGCUAGUAAGCUUUUUUCCAGAAAAAUAUGCUGCAUGUUGUCCAGCUUUGGAAAAGUUCACAGUAAAAGACUGUUCCAAAUUAACUAAAACUUUCAUUGUUGAAGAGGUAUGUUAA